AUGACCCUGUCCAAAUCGAUCUUUCGAAUUGUGCGGGAUAUUACCCAGUGUAGUAAAGUGUCGCGUCACCCGGCAUCACCCAUGGAAAUGAACCCGUCGUCUCCCGUAAUCUGCUUCGCCAUCAUUUCGACAUACACUGGCAAGAGCACGGAAACACGCCCAGGUUCCAUUUUUGCCUUCAGUGAUAAGACAUCAACCACCAUGGCGGAAAAGAAGCAGACUACGCAGACGAAGCUCCCGCUGCCCACGCCCGUGAACGAUCCGGGCUUCGUGGGCGAGAGCCCCAGCAACGAGUACGUGACUGUGCUGACGCCCGACAACAAGACACUGACGCCCAUCGGAUCCGGCGCGGACUUCGACCCCAACGGUCUGCGCAUGAAUGCUUGGACCGUGAAUCUACACGACGCCGACCUGCGCACCGCCUACUACUGGUGGGUGUGCUGCUGCCCGUGUGGUCCGCUGUCUCAGCUUGAAACGCGUCUGGGACUCAACUCAUGCGGCCUCGGGUUUUCUCUCGACUUUAUUGCGUACACCGGCCGUUUCCUCUUUCUGAUUUUGACGUUGGUCAACCUGUUCCGCGGCAAUGUCACUUCGUUCGUUGUGUUCCUCGCGCUCUUCGUGUUCUGCUUGAUCUGGGUCGCGCAGCGCGUGGCUCGUGUGCGCAUGCAAGUCCGUGAGCGUCUGGACAUUGCGGGCUCGUCAAAGGAGGACCGUAUCAUGGGCUGCGUGCGCAGUGCCAGUGCCAUCCGUCAAAUGGGCGUGCAGCUUAAGUGCGACCAGGUGCACUUCGGCGCCCCUGCCACCCUUCAGGCUUACCAGGUGUAAGCAGCCAUCCUAGGGUCCGGAAGACACACGGCAGUGUGGGCUGACAUUUAUUGCAAAGGAAUCAUGAAAAACAAAUAAAAAAUGAGUUUUUAAUUUGA